GUGAACUAGGCGGAUUAUUACAGGCUCGUCUCUCCUCUCGUGCUCGAAUCAGCGGCGCUGGCGAGUGAUAGCAGCUCAGAGAUCAUCCACUCAGUGCGGACAGGCUGUGGGAUGUAUGCUGGGCAGAUGGAGUUCACUGGAACCGAGGAGCUGACCGAUGAGGAGAAGGAAAUCAUCAACCGCGUGCUGGCCCGUGCUGAGCUUAUGGAGGCCAUGGAGCAGGAGCGGAUUGGGCAGCUGGUCAAUCGGCUGGACAGGAUAAAGCAGACGGCCUGCGGUGACGGCCACUCACGCUGCCUGCUCUGUGGCCAGCAGUUUGGCCUGAUGGGAGUCAGCUCGGUCAUGUGUGAGGAGUGCAAGAAGCACAUGUGCACCAAGUGCGGCAUUCGCAGCAAUAGUCGCUCCUGUCCUGUGUGGCUGUGCAAGAUCUGCAGUGAACACAAGGAGAUGUUGAAGCGAUCGGGUGCCUGGUUCUUCAAGGGGUUGCCGCAGCAAGUCUUGCCCGCUCCCUUACCCAUCAAGCAGAAACAGUUCAACGCACCUGCUUCAUAUGUCAACACACAGAACGGAGACAGUGCCCAGCUUCUCGGCAGAGGGCAGCACAUUCCAGCAGAAAUGAAGCCUCCUGAGCAGGAGGAACAGUGUGUCAUUGUCCAGAAGGAGCAAAUGUUGGUAGGAGCAAGGCCGGCUGAGAGCAGGAUCUUAGGUCGAACGCAAGCGGCUGUGGAAAGACAGACUAAUCUGACGACAGUAAAGAAAGAAGAACCCGUCCAGAACACUAGACCUUCACACCCAUCUUCUGCUAUCAUACUAACCCAAAAAGUCAAAACUCUUGCUCUUGAGAAAGGAAUCCCGCCAAUGGAGAACAGGCCACUACCCGCUAUGCAGAAAGAGAUACGACCCCUAUUUGCAAACAGCGCCCCUGCUGUACACCAGCCCCCUCCCCCCACUACCGAGGAGGAGGAGGACGCCAACAGCUAUGACUCUGACGAUGCCACCACACUGGGAAUGCUGGAGUUCAGUCUGCUCUACGAGGAAGAAAACAGCGCUCUGCACUGCAAUAUUAUCAGAGCCAAGGGCCUCAAGCCAAUGGACUCCAAUGGACUGGCUGAUCCAUAUGUCAAGCUGCAUUUGCUUCCAGGGGCCAGCAAGUCAAACAAGCUACGCACAAAGACUCUGUAUAACACCUUGAAUCCAGUUUGGAAUGAAACUCUGGUCUACCAUGGCAUCACCAAUGAAGACAUGCAGAGAAAGACCCUCAGACUGUCUGUGAGUGAUGAGGACAAGUUCGGACAUAACGAGUUCAUCGGGGAAACACGGGUGGUCCUGAAGAAGCUGAAGCUGAACCAGAAGAAGAACUUCAGCGUAUGUUUGGAGAGAGUGGUGCCGGUGAAGCGAGUAGCUGCUGGAGGUUCGAUCCGUGGCAUGGCCUUGUAUGAGGAGGAGGUAAAAGAAGGCGAUGAUGCAGAGGAGCGAGGCCGUAUCCUGGUGUCGCUCACCUAUAACAGCCAGGAGAGCCGGCUCAUUGUGGGCAUCGUCCGCUGUGCCCAUCUGGCUGCUAUGGACUCCAAUGGCUACUCUGACCCUUUUGUCAAGAUUUGCCUGAAGCCUGACAUGGGGAAGAAAGCUAAGAAUAAAACACAGAUCAAGAAGAAGACCCUGAACCCUGAAUUUAAUGAGGAGUUCAGCUAUGAGAUCAAGCAUGGUGAACUUGCAAAGAAGACUUUGGAUAUCUCUGUCUGGGACUACGACAUGGGAAAAUCCAAUGAUUUCAUAGGUGGCUGUCAGCUUGGAAUCACAGCCAAAGGAGAAUGCCUGAAGCAUUGGUACGAGUGCCUGAAGAACAAAGACAAGAAGAUCGAACGCUGGCACGUUCUGUUCAACCAAAACAACGUGGAGGCUGAUGACUGAAACGUGUCCCUAUCCUGCUAGAUCUUUGUGACUCUGUAUGAUCCUGUCUUCCACCAUCUUUAUCCCUACCCUAACUGUGCUAAUAACAUGACUUUGUGUACCCAGUGUUCUUCUUGCUUUGAAUUCCUAUGUUGAGCUAUUACGUAACUAGUGGUCUAGGUAACAUGGAACUGACUCACUGUUAAUCCGCUAUUGUGCACAAGAGUGCAUCAUGGAUUUUCAGGCAACAUGAAAGAGCCUCAUAGGAUAAGAACAUGGGAAGUAAAUGUGACAGUAAAUGUGACAAAUACUAUAUUUAAAUAAUAAAAACCACCAAAUAAUUUUGAAACAUGAUAAUGUUGCUGCUCGAUUAGAUUGGAAAAACAACUUAGCAUUGUAAGCUACGCACGUGGCCUUGAGCUAUAUUUAUCAUUUCUGUUUUGAAAUUAUGCAAACAACAAAAGUUUAUUUAAAUGAGAUAUAACAUCCAGUCAAUUUAGACUAUGAAUAUGAAGUUGAAACUAUGUACUGACUGUUGUCUUAUUGGAGGGUUUUAUUUCGAUAUAGUCCAUAUAAGUGCUCACUUAUAUAUACAUAUAUAUCACUCAAUAUUUAGGAAAUGUUCUAUGUGCAUUUUCUCAAAUAUUCUUGUCAUUGUUCUGUUCCUACCAUUGAAAGAAGCUUAUUCAGUUUAUUUGUUAAAUACUCAGACACGCUACUGUAUGUUGAGUGUAUGCACUUGUAUUAUCUAAAUGUAGCCAAUAAAAUAUACAUGACACAAAGUAACCUUGCUGAUA